AUGGUGCGCGAGGCCGCGUUCGCUCUGCUGCUGCUGGCCACAGCCACCUCACACAAGCACGACCCACCCCUGAUCCUUACGAGCCUGGAUCGUGAUACUUCUAACAUGUCUGUCAUGCUAGUGGACAUCGCAUAUCACGACUCUGAAGAACAUUACACUAUAUUGGAUAAAUCUUAUCGCAACAAACGUGAAUCGCACUCGCUUAUAGGUACUUUCGAUAUAUCAAAACUUUUUAAAAAGAGUAAUCGUAUCAAGCAAGAAGAGGCACAGCCCAGCGCGUCUUCACUGCGGUCUAAAGAUAUACACACCACUCUCGGUGAAGCGAUUGCACUCUCUGCAAGUAAAGAUACCAUCGAGCCAGAUCAUAUAUUUUAUACGAACGAAACAACAAUCACCACUGAGAGAACAACGACCACUCCUCAAACCAUACGCAGUACAGUUGUAAGCGAGACCUACUAUACGGCAAAUAAUAAAGUAACCGAUAAGCCGGCCCAAACAAGUAGUGUACAGAAUAAACCGAAAACAAGAAAUAAGGAAUCGAGAAAAUCUAAGAGCGUCGCGAACACUAAAAUAAAAACUAAAAAUAACUCUAAAGGAAAUGAUCAAAGCAAACGUCGAGAAACGCGAGUCAUUAACAAGAAGAAAGCCGAAAACGACAGCAUAUGGCCCGUGAAGCACGCUGCGGUCUUAGAGGGAGACAUCGUACUCGGCGGCCUGAUGAUGGUGCACGGAAGAGCCAGUGGUAAUAGCGGAGGCAGCGUGGCGCGCUGUGGCCCGCUGAUGCCGCAGGGUGGCGUGCAGGCCCUCGAGGCGAUGCUGUUCGCACUCGACGAAGCGGAGCGUGCCGGCCUCGCAGUGCCGGGCGUCAAACUUGGAGCACUAGUACUGGACGACUGCGACAGCGACACACGCGGCCUUGAAAUGGCACUCGACUUUAUUAAAGGCUCGAUCAGCAACAUAGAUGACGAAGAAUAUGCCUGCAAUGCAACAGCAGUACGUAAGGUAAUUUCGGGAGUAGUGGGCGCCGCCUCCUCCGUCACGUCGGUACAAGUCGCCAAUCUCUUACGCCUGUUUAAGAUCCCUCAGGUCUCUUUCUUCUCGACGUCUCCAGAACUUUCGAACAAGGCGCGGUUCGAAUACUUCACUCGAACAAUACCUUCGGACCUCCACCAAGUGCGAGCUAUGGUUGAAAUUGUCAAAAAAUUCGGAUGGCGCUAUGUAUCUAUCAUCUAUGAGGAAUCCAACUAUGGGAUAAAGGCAUUUGAAGAAUUAGAAACUCUUCUCUUGCGCGAUGAUAUCUGCAUAGCGGUCAAAGAGAGGCUUGCAAAGGAUUCCGGUGCAGCGGACGAAAAUGCAUACGAUGCUAUAGUUGAACGCUUGCUGUCACGGCCACGUGCUCGAGGUGUUAUUGUAUUCGGGUCAGAUCAAGAAGUUGCAGGAGUGAUGGCGGCAGUUCGACGUAGAGGAGCCGCGCAGACCUUCAGUUGGGUUGGGUCGGACGGAUGGAGCGCGCGGGCACUCGUGGCGGCGGGCAACGAACCAGUCGUCGAAGGCACCAUUAGCGUACAACCUCAGGCUAAUCCUGUUCGAGGCUUUCGCGAAUACUUCUUCACUCUAACGCCACAAAAUAAUUUCAGAAACCCCUGGUUUGUCGAAUUUUGGGAGGAACAGUUCCGAUGUCGCUACGCGGGAAGCCCGCGAUCGAAGAAUAAUGCGAAGUACCUCCCCUGUACGGGACGCGAGAGACUCUCUGCUGAAAACACAGAAUUUGAAGCGCAGCUGCAGUUCGUUGCCGAUGCCGUCUGGGCGUUCGUGUUCGCUAUUCGGGACAUGCAUCGGGAUGUGUGCGGCGGUAAGCCUGGCCUAUGCGAGGCUAUGAGACCGGUGAGCGGGCCGACUCUUUUGCGAUAUCUUCGACAAGUGCGCUUCAUAGGGCUCAGUGGUGAUGAGUUCCAUUUCGACGCCCACGGUGAUGGUCCCGCGCGCUACAACAUCUUACACUUUAAGCAAGUGACGCGUGGAGUGUACCGAUGGAUCCGAGUGGGUCGCUAUCUCGAUGGUGAAUUGCAACUUGACAUGGACGAGAUUCAGUUCAAAUGGGAAGAACCUCAUCACCCUGAGUCGGUGUGUAGUGCCGAGUGCGAGCUGGGCCAAGCUAAGCAAUACGUCGAAGGGGAGAGCUGCUGCUGGCAUUGCUUCAACUGCACGCAGUAUGAGAUACGGUCUCCGGUAUCAGAGACGGCUUGCAUGGAGUGUGCGCGGGGCACCUUGCCUGAUUCGAGGCGCAUGCAGUGCGCGCCGGUGCCGGAACUGUACCUCCAACCCACAUCUCCGGCAGCUAUCGGAGCAAUGACAUUUUCAGCUCUGGGCAUCUUGCUUACGAUGUUGGUAGGUGGCGUUUGGGUCGCGCGGAGCAGCACGCCGGUGGUCCGUGCGAGCGGGCGCGAGCUGUCUUUCGUCCUGCUCGCUGGCAUCCUCAUGUGCUACCUCGUUACGUUCGCCCUCGUGCUAAGACCGACUGACUUCCUCUGUUCUCUUCAACGAUUUUGCACGGGGUUUUGCUUCACUGUUAUAUAUGCCGCUCUUUUAACGAAAACAAACAGAAUAGCACGUAUCUUUGAUGCAAGCAAGCACUCUGCUCGAAGACCCUCGCUCAUAUCUCCGAAGUCUCAACUUCUCAUUUGUUCAAUUUUAGUAUCAAUACAGAUUGUAAUCGUGGUAGUGUGGCAACUGGCUUCGCCGGCGCGCGCCAUCCACCACUACCCGACGCGCGAGGACAACAUGCUCGUGUGUGACUCCUACGUGGACGCGUCCUACACCAUCGCCUUCUUCUAUCCGGUAGUACUUAUCGUCAUCUGUACUGUAUACGCCGUGCUCACGCGAAAAAUACCGGAAGCUUUCAAUGAAAGUAAACAUAUAGGUUUCACUAUGUAUACGACGUGUGUGAUAUGGCUCGCAUUUGUUCCAUUAUAUUUUGGCACCGCGAGUCACGUUCCAUUGCGAGUCACCAGUAUGGCAGUGACGAUUUCUUUGAGUGCAAGCGUCACCCUAGCAUGCCUCUUUGCACCAAAGAUGUAUAUCAUUUUAAUACGACCGGAACGGAAUGUUCGCGGAAAUCUUAUGCCGUCGCGGUGGCGCAGCGGUCGAGGCGGCCGCGGUGCCGCACCCGGAGCCGUCUGUGCGGCUCUUGUAGGCGCUGCCCCAUUGCCGCGCCCUGCCACUACGCCUUCUACGGAUUUAUCAACACUUGAUGCUACUGAGCCAUCGACGUCCACCGAUAGACAAGUACAAACUGAGGAGUUGAGUCCAACUCAGAACAAUGGUAUGAUUGAACGUAAUGGACUCUGCUUGGACCCGAAGAAAUUGGCGGAGUUGACAGCUGGGUUGCCCGCCUUCGAGGAAGCAAAUGGUGCGGCACUUCGUCGGCGAGCCGCAGCGGAGCCGGCGAUGCGCGUGGCCGUGGCGGUGGUCGGAGCGCGGCCCGCCUUAUAG